AAGGGAGGGAGGGAGAAGGGAGGGAGGGCGAGGCCGCGCCCGCUGAGGCCCCGCCGCCCGGACAAAGGGUGAAUCCCGGCCCGCCGAUCCAGCCCGCUCCUCUUCCCCGACAGGGGCGAGCCCGCGGCCCCGGCCUCGUUGACUCAGGCCCCUCCCCGAGCCCCUCGGGCACCCGCGGCCCCUCUCCCACAGGACGGGCAGGAUGAAGGACAUCAUGUCGAACAGCAGCACCACCAGCGUCUCCCAGGCCCGGAAAGCCGUGGAGCAGCUCAAGAUGGAAGCCUGCAUGGAUAGGAUAAAGGUGUCCAAGGCCGCGGCGGACCUGCUGGCCUACUGCGACGCCCACCUCCGGGAGGACCCCCUGAUCAUCCCGGUGCCCGCCUCGGAAAACCCCUUCCGAGAGAAGAAGUUCUUCUGUACCAUCCUCUGAGCCCGUCGGGGAUGAGAACGCCUCCGUCGCCCGCCCGGGGAGAGCCCGCGCGGCCCGUGCAUGCUUUGUAGCCUUAGAGGACCGUGUCCUCCUCCCCGUCCCCCUCCGCCGGGCCGCCCGGGGAGUAGGCGAGGCCGCCGCGGAGGCCUCCCUCCCCUCGCCGCGGUCGGCGAGCCGGGCGGGGGGCCGCGGGCUCAGUCCCGCCUGGAGCGGAGAGACCGGGCGACGGACGGUCCCCGCCCGGGGUCGGGCGGAAGGCCGUCGGGGGCCGCUACCGCCGGCCUCCCGCGACUGCCGGCCGGUGCCGAGGCCCCCCCUUUCCCGGCCCCUCCGCUCCUCCGAAGGUGGGGAGGGGCUGCCGGGCCCUCCCCACCCCGGGCGUCCCCGGCACGUAUCGGGGGGUCGGGGCGGGGGCGUUGUCGUCGUCGUGGUGUUUCUGCCUGCCGUUUUCCCGCCUGUAAAUGGCCCCCCUCCCGCCCCCGUGGAUGUGAGUGAGUAUCGUAGUAAAUUUGACUAUAAACUCCA